CUUGCUUUGAGCUACAUGAGGAAGAGGGCAAACAUCUAUACCGUCAUUUCCUCCUUGCCCAUUAUCCCAAUUACAGCAAAGAUGCGGUCCUCCCUAGCAAUCUUGACCGCUACCAUUAUCGGAACAGUAGCGGCCUCCGAUUCCGAAUACAAGACUGCGACUAGCUAUGUCAUCGUCGGUGGUGGUCCUGCCGGGCUAGUCCUCGCGGCUCGGCUUUCAGAAAGUGGACGGAAUCAAGUGACCCUGCUCGAGGCUGGUCCAGACACGAUUAACAAUGAGCUGCUUCAAGUCCCUGCACAGUACCCCCUUGGUGGCGCCGGCAAUACUUGGAACUACACGGCAGCCCCAGACCCAAAUUUGGGCGGUGCCACGACAAACCUGGCUCAAGGGUGGGGUCUUGGAGGCGGAACCGCGGUGAAUGGCAUGGCUUACUGCCGUGGAGCCUCCUCAGUCUUUGACGGCUGGGCAGAAGCGUCUGGCAACUCAGGGUUGGCCUGGGAGUCGAUCUUCCAGGACUUCCUCGAGGUGUCUCACUACACAGAGACUUUCGGCGCAGACUACGAGCAAGUGGUCAACAAGACCGCCUACGGCAACGGAGAGAUAGAGAUUAGCCGCACCAGCGGCGUCACAGGCUUCGAAGAGCCCUUCAGUGCGGCUUUGGAGGCGGAGCUCGGCUUGCAACAGGUCGAUUUGAACGACGGCUCCGGACUUGGUCUCGACAGAGGUCUUUCAUCCAUCUUAGCCCUGGAACGCAGGAGGUCUUAUGCCCGGACCACAUUCGGCGCCGCCGCGAUGGAAAGAGCCAAUGUCAAGAUCAUUCCCAAUGCAUGGGUGAAAAAGGUCAACUUCGAGGGCAAGACUGCCACGGGUGUUGAGUACGUGCUGGAUGGCCAGACGCAGACGAUCAACGCGGACGAGGUCAUUGUCAGUGGCGGUGCCGUCAACACCCCCAAAUUGCUGCUGCUCUCUGGUGUUGGGCCUGAGGCGCAGCUGUCCAAACUUGGUAUCAACGUGGUCCACGAUAGCCCCGAGGUUGGCCGCAACCUGCGCGACCACCCCUUCGCCGUCGCCGAGCUCCUGGUUACUCCCGACAUCAUAACCUUGUAUCAGUGGCUCAGCAACAACACCGUGUCUGCUUCCGCUGCAGAUGAGUAUGCCACCAACCGCAGCGGGCCUCUGGGCUGGAACAACGGCUUUGUUUACGGUACCUUCCGAGUGCCUGACGAGGAGUUUGCCAGUGUCGAGAAUGCCACGCACUACACCGAUCUUCCUGCGGAUCGCCCGCACUUGUUGAUCGAGUACAGCGGCGUCCCCUUUAUCCCGGCCGAUGAAAGCGCAGUGACGGUGUUUGUUGCCCUCGUGCAGCCAGAGUACACCGGAAACAUAGAGCUGAGUUCAGACGACUACACCAAACAACCUGUCAUCAACACCAAUUACUACGGCACCGACGCAGAUAAGGUGGCUAUCAAGUACGGGUACAAGAAGCUACUUGAGAUCGUCGGACACGACGCCAUCAAGAGCAAGACCGUGGGUGAGCUGUAUCCAGGCUUCUCGGUCGACUCGGAUGAGGCCGUCUGGAGGGCGAUCCAGGGCGCAACCUUCUCCUUCUCGCACCCUGUUGGCUCUGUCGCCCUCGGCAAGGUCCUUGAUGCGCAUUGGCGUAUCAAGGGCCUGGAAAAUAUCCGUGUCGUCGACUCUAGCUCGUUUCCCUUCCCGACUGCCUGCCAUCCACAGUCAGCGGUCUACGCGUUGGCUAACCGGGCGGCCAAGGAUAUCCUCAGUGAUGACCAGAAGGCAUGA